CAAAUUUGACACUCGAUUGUCAACUCUGCUUUAGGUGUGGUAGAAAAUUUUUUAAAGAUAAAAACCACAGAUGAAUCACUUUAAAAUUUAAUUAUUUAGUAAAUUUAAAUGUUUAGUGAGAAAUUAGUGUGAAACAAUGGAUAGCGAAGGCAGAAAAGUGAUUGUGUGCGAUAAUGGCACUGGGUUUGUCAAAUGCGGUUACGCUGGAUCGAAUUUCCCUGCUCACAUUUUCCCAUCUAUGGUGGGCAGACCCAUAAUCCGAGCAGUUAACAAAAUAGGAGACAUCGAAGUUAAGGACCUUAUGGUUGGUGACGAAGCUUCGGCGCUCAGAUCCCUCCUAGAAGUAAACUACCCAAUGGAAAACGGAAUAGUACGAAAUUGGGAGGACAUGUGCCACGUGUGGGACUACACUUUCGGGCCGGGCAAAAUGAAUUUGGACCCGAAAAACACGAAAAUUUUGCUGACCGAACCGCCAAUGAACCCGACCAAGCACCGGGAAAAAAUGAUCGAGGUCAUGUUUGAAAAAUACGGUUUCGCGGGGGCCUAUAUUGCCAUUCAGGCUGUGUUAACUUUAUACGCUCAAGGUCUUCUUUCUGGAGUGGUAGUAGACUCGGGGGAUGGAGUCACCCACAUUUGUCCAGUUUAUGAAGAAUACGCUCUGCCGCACCUCACAAGACGUCUGGAUAUUGCCGGACGCGACAUUACUAGAUACCUCAUUAAAUUGCUUUUGCUCAGGGGAUACGCAUUUAAUCAUUCUGCUGAUUUUGAAACAGUAAGAAUGAUGAAAGAAAAAUUAUGCUACAUAAGUUACGAUGUUGAAACUGAACAAAGACUGGCACUAGAAACUACAGUUUUGGUAGAGCCUUAUACUCUGCCUGAUGGUAGGGUGAUUAAAGUUGGAGGUGAAAGAUUCGAGGCACCUGAAGCCUUAUUUCAGCCGCAUUUAAUCAACGUCGAAGGCCAAGGCAUUGCUGAAUUAAUAUUCAACACCAUACAAGCUGCUGACAUUGACAUGAGACCAGAACUCUACAAACACAUUGUAUUGUCUGGCGGUUCCACAAUGUAUCCAGGCUUACCUUCUCGAUUGGAACGCGAAAUCAAACAACUCUAUCUGGAAAGGGUGCUCAAAAACGAUACCGAUAAGUUGCACAAGUUUAAAAUUCGCAUCGAAGAUCCUCCUAGGAGAAAAGAUAUGGUGUUUAUUGGCGGUGCUGUGUUGGCUGACGUUAUGAAAGAUAGAGAUGAGUUUUGGUUGUCUAAGCAAGAGUAUGAGGAGCAAGGGACUAAGAUUUUAAAGAAACUUGGCAACAGAGCCGGUUAGGUAAUAACUGUUAUUGAAUUUUAUCCAGUUGAUUUUUUUAUAUUUUUUUAUUAUUAGGAAGAUUUAUGCCUUUUAUCCUUUUUUUUUUUUAAGUCAAAACGCAGUAUUUAUAAGUUUAAUAAAUAAUUACAACAUUCCUAGAUUUUUUGGGGUAUUAUUAUUUUAAUCUUAUUCUAUGUAGGUUGUUAUAUUAUGUAUAAUA